AUGAAGGAAACUUUGGUGGCAAUUGUGUUAUUUGGAGCGUGUGUUGGUGCGUUUGGAGACUUGGUCGGAGGACUACGUGAUGUUGACCUGAACAACAAAGAUGCGUCUGUAGCCCUGGAGUACGUCGUUCAUAAACAUAACUUAAAAAAUAAUUAUUUGGCCACCGUAGCCGAGGUGCUGAGUGCUCAAAAACAGGUGGUGGCAGGAAUGCUGUACACUUUCACUGUAAUAAUGGAAAGAACAACCUGCUCAAAGGACUCUGUGAAUGUGGCGUGUUCCAGGCCCCAGGCAUACAAGUGCACAUUUACACUGUGGAGCCGUCCAUGGAUGGAAUCACCUGACAUGCAAAAGAUUGUGACUGAAAAUUGCACGGAUUAG